AUGAGCUCAUUAGUUUCUUGGAAGCUAUUACUUUUCCUCUGUGCCACCUCCUUCGGGGAGACCUCAGGACGCAUGGCUUCUGCCAAGGAUCCUCAAUCCCGAGGUCGGCGGUUCGGACCCCUGGCCCUGCAGGCCCCUUGGGAGCAGCGGUGCGCAGAGGAGGCGCCUGGUUCCGCAGGGCUGAGGCCUCGCAGCGCCUCGUUGUGCCCUCACCCGGACAGCCCUGCGGAGCCCCGGCGGCCAGGCCUGUGCGACCCCCGCAGCCGCUUGAUUCCCUCACCCCGCGGCGCGGUGCUGGUGCAGCGAGAGAAGGAUCUAUCCGCCUACAACUGGAACUCCUUCGGUCUGCGAUACGGCAAGCGGCGGAGCGCGCGGCAGGCGUGGCGCGAGCGAGGCGCUGGGAGGGGCUGA